UUUUUUUUUUUUUUUUUUUUUUUUUUUUUUUUUUUUUUUUUUUUUUAAUCUAAUUUCUUGAUCGACGCCAAAACCUCGUCUCGAUUCUCCAAAUAUUCAUCUUCUCUCUCUUGCAAAACCAAUACUAAUCAUCGUUCGAUGACCUUUCUUUAGCCAACUUCGUUUCGAGAUAAAAGAGAGAUAUGAUUGAGUAGUUUUCCCAUUAUUGAGUAAGGUCGACGUCAAGCGCUUGAUUUCUUCUGUGUUUUAUUGGAAAGUGCAUAAUGGAGCAACAAUCUGAAGAUUCUCUAUCAGGCCCACCUAAAAAUUUAUUAGUUACUGUUCCCAGAAAAGUGGGAAGUAGUGCAUGGGGAAUUCCUCGCGGAUCUGACGCUUUUCAGGCUUCAUCUGAUGUUAGCUUGUUUUCGAGUUCGUUGCCAGUCCUACCACAUGAGAAAUUGGAUUUUGAGUCUGAGCUUUGUCAAUCUGAUGGUGCUGACUUAUCCAAUGAACUUGACCCCAAAGCUGACGUUAAGGAUCCUCUUGGAGAGGUAGAAAUAGAGGCAAUAGACAACCUGCUUCCUGAUGAUGAUGAGCUUUUUAGUGGUUUAAUGGAUGAUUUUGACUUAAGUGGAUUGCCCAGUCAAUUAGAAGAUUUGGAAGAGUAUGACCUAUUUGGCAGUGGAGGGGGAAUGGAAUUAGAUUUCGAACCACAAGAGAACCUCAGUAUAGGUAUGUCAAAAUUGAAUCUUUCUGACGGUGUUGCUGCAAGCAUGGUUAGUCACUAUGCUCUGCCAAAUGGUGUGGGAACGGUGGCUGGCGAGCAUCCAUAUGGGGAACAUCCAUCAAGGACAUUGUUUGUAAGGAAUAUCAAUAGUAAUGUUGAGGAUGCUGAGUUAAGAUCCCUCUUUGAGCAAUAUGGAGAUAUCAGAACUUUAUACACUGCAUGCAAGCAUAGGGGUUUUGUGAUGAUAUCGUAUUAUGACAUACGAGCGGCUCGCACUGCAAUGCGUGCAUUGCAAAAUAAGCCUUUGAGACGACGGAAACUUGACAUUCAUUUUUCAAUACCAAAGGAUAACCCUUCAGAAAAGGAUAUUAACCAGGGAACUCUUGUUGUGUUCAAUUUGGACGCCUCAGUUUCAAAUGAUGACCUUCGUCGAAUAUUUGGGGCUUAUGGAGAAGUUAAGGAGAUUAGAGAGACACCUCACAAGCGGCAUCAUAAGUUCAUAGAAUUUUAUGACGUUAGAGCAGCAGAGGCUGCUCUUAGGGCCUUAAAUAGGAGUGAUAUAGCAGGGAAGCGAAUAAAGCUUGAACCAAGCCGUCCUGGAGGGGCACGUAGGAACUUAAUGCAACAACUAAGUCAAGAGCUGGAACAAGAUGAUGCUCGAACUUUUCGUCAUCAGGUUGGUUCGCCAGUGACCAAUUCACCUCCAGGUAACUGGUCACAUAUUGGCAGUCCUGUGGAACAUAAUUCUUUUAGCAAGUCCCCUGGUCUGGGAAGCCUGAGCCCCAUAAACAGCAGUCAUUUGUCUGGCUUGGCUUCAAUUCUUCCUCCUAAUCUGUCAAACUCUCCAAGAAUAGCACCAAUUGGAAAGGACCAAGGAAGGGUUAAUCAUGUGAGCCAAGUGUUUACCAAUUCCACAUUGAUGCAAGGAACAGCCUACCAUCAUCAUCAAUCCUUCCCUGACAACAAAUUUAGCUCAAAUGCUGGAUCUACAUCAUCUAUUGCUGACUUGAAUUCCAAUUCAUCCAGUAUUGGGACAUUAUCUGGUCCUCAGUUCCUAUGGGGAAGCCCAACUCCCUAUGCUGAACGUUCCAGUUCUUCAGCCUGGCCAACACCAUCUGCGGGACAGCCAUUUACUUCUAAUGGGCAAGGACAAGGUUUUCCAUAUGUUAGACACCAUGGUUCUUUGCUUGGUUCACAUCACCAUCACGUGGGAUCUGCUCCAUCCGGUAUUCCUCUCGAUAAGCCUUUUGGUUAUUUCCCAGAGUCACCAGAAACAUCCUUCAUGAGUCCAGGUGCACUAGGGAGCACAAGUUUAAGUCGCCACAAUGGUAAUUUCAUGAACAUGAGUACACGAGUGGCUAUGACUGGUGGUCUUGGACUUCCAACAAAUAUGGUUGAAAAUGGCUCUCCCAACUUUAGAAUGAUGUCUUUGCCCAGACAAGGCCCUCUUUACUAUGGCAAUGGCUCCUUUCCUGGGUCUGGUGUUGUGAGCACUGAUGGAUUGGAACGUGGUCGUAGUAGGCGAGUGGAGAAUGUUGGGAACCAAGUCGAAAGCAAGAAGCAGUAUCAGCUUGAUUUGGAGAAAAUUGUUAGUGGGGAAGAUACUAGGACCACACUAAUGAUAAAAAACAUCCCCAACAAGUACACAUCAAAGAUGCUUUUGGCUGCUAUUGAUGAAAAUCACCGCGGUGCUUAUGAUUUCCUAUACUUGCCCAUUGACUUCAAGAAUAAGUGUAAUGUCGGCUAUGCUUUCAUCAAUAUGGUGUCUCCCACACAUAUCAUUCCUUUCUAUGAGGCAUUCAAUGGUAAGAAGUGGGAAAAGUUCAAUAGUGAAAAAGUAGCUUCACUAGCUUAUGCUCGAAUUCAGGGCAAGACUGCUCUAGUAACACACUUCCAAAACUCGAGCCUAAUGAAUGAGGACAAGCGAUGCCGGCCAAUUCUCUUUCGAUCUGAAGGCCAAGAGAUUGGUGAUCAGGAUAUUCUCCUCUCAAGCAACCUGAACAUAUGCAUUCGUCAGCCAGAUGGAUCAUAUUUAGGGGACUCAUUGGACAGCCCAAAGGGCCACCCAGAUGAAAAACCAGAAAAUUAACUUAUGUUGGUUCAUUUUCCAAGCCUAAAGAUUGAAAAGGCUGGGAAAACUAACUGUUGGAUAGGUAUUAAUAUGGUAAAACUAAGUGAAACUGAGGGAGUAUUUAUGAUUGAUGAAUAUUUUACUUUGAUCAUUAUUUUUCAUGAAGGGUAUUGCAGACAAGGAGGCAGAGAGCAUUUUUGUUGUAGGUAGAGGGAACAUAUUGUAAUUUAACCAUGGUAAAUAAGGAGAAUCACUCACAUGGCUACUGGCCUAUAAGUCUCUCUGCAGCAUCGUGCGUUGCUUCCAGCUUGUUUGUGAUCGAUCUUCUGUGGAGUCUAUAUUAGAGGAGUCUGCAUUUUGUGUUUGUUCAUAGGGGGUUUCAAGUCCAGUGCAAAUAUGAGUUGUUCCUGUUGAUAUUGGUUGGUAAAUUCUGUGGGUAAUAGGGUUUAGUUUCUGUUCAAGAAGUGUACAGAUGGGGAGGGGAGGCCACCGGGAUGACCUUCCAUAUGUCAAGUUGUUGAUAACAUGUAGUCAACAGAAUUGGUGUUGCCUCAAAUUAAUUAUUGUAAAUUCGUACUCUUUGUCUAUCUUUUGGAUCCUUCAAUAAUCAGAAUUGUACUCAGACCUGCACAUUCCAAAAGAGGCCUCAAUCUCUCUCUCUCUCUCUCUCUGGAUUGUAACUUGUCUCUUAAUGCUUCAAUUCAGAAUGGAUGAAUCAUUGUAAAACAUUGUUUAUUCAGAUAUUCAUUCGGCUUUUGCA